GAUUUUCUCUCAUCGGUCUUUCCGUUUCUCUGCUCUCAUUGGCCAAAUGUUAUUAUUACGUUACCGCUUUCACUAUAUAAUCUUCUUCUUCUCCGCGUUGAAGAGUUGAACUGUCCUCCAAUUCGUACAGUUACUCUACCAAUUUUCAAACGAAACCUCCAUAGCCCGAGUCUCUCAGGGAGACUCAUCGCCAUCCCCGUCUUCCGAUAUCUCAUUCUCUCCUCGAUCUUUCCGCGCCACUAGAGGUUCCAGAGAUCGGAGGAGAAAGGGAUUAUGGCUCAUAGAGUAGACCAUGAAUACGAUUACUUGUUCAAGAUCGUGCUUAUCGGAGACUCAGGCGUUGGAAAAUCCAACAUUCUUUCGAGGUAUACCAGAAACGAGUUUUGCUUGGAAUCGAAAUCCACCAUCGGCGUUGAGUUCGCUACCAGAACUCUCCAGGUAGAAGGAAAGACGGUUAAGGCACAAAUCUGGGAUACAGCAGGUCAGGAGAGGUACCGCGCUAUCACCAGUGCUUACUACAGAGGUGCAGUUGGUGCACUGCUUGUGUAUGACAUAACUAAGAGACAAACUUUUGACAAUGUCCAGAGGUGGCUGCGUGAGUUGAGGGACCACGCAGAUUCUAACAUUGUCAUCAUGAUGGCCGGAAAUAAGUCAGACUUAAACCAUCUUAGAGCUGUUUCAGAAGAUGAUGGUCAGUCCUUGGCUGAGAAGGAAGGCCUUUCAUUUCUUGAGACAUCGGCACUGGAAGCAACUAAUAUUGAGAAGGCAUUCCAGACCAUUUUGACAGAAAUUUACCACAUCAUAAGCAAAAAAGCCUUGGCAGCUCAAGAAGCAGCCACAAAUACUGCACUUCCUGGUCAAGGAACCUCUAUAAAUGUUAACGAAGCUUCUGGGAAUGCAAAGAAAAGUUGCUGCUCCACUUGAGUGGAUAUUUUUGGGAAAGAAAAGAUUUGCUAGGUGGAAGAUAAUUUUCUUCUUCUUCUUCUUUUUUUUUUGGUUGAGAGAGAGUCCUGUAGAAUACAAUUUUUACUUCAUUGAGUUGUGACAGGGAAGCUUGUGAAAAUUAAAACAAACAGUUGAUCUAUAGUUCUAUUUUGAUGGUUGGCUCUUCCUUAUGCACCAUUGCUUUCUGUCGCUUUAGAAAGUGACACUCUGACUGGUACUGUAAUGUUGUUGGAAUAUGGCAUAUCUCAACUUGAAAGAAAGAAUGGAGCAGAAGAGCCCUCUAUGUCUAGUGCUUUACUCUGGUGGGUUUUGUUUAUUGAGUCAAACCCUAACUUGUAAUAAAAGCUUCUUACUUUUAAGACCAA